UUUUCACUUUUCAGCAUGAAAGAGCACAACGCAGCCUAUAUCAAAACAUUUCACUCAAAGCAGACAGAAAUUCCUGCAUAAAAGGAUGGAAAAAAAAGAAAAUGAAAUGAAAUGAAAUGAAAUAUAGUAAAUAGUCAGUCGCUGACGUACUCAAUCCUCAGCAGACCCUGCAUCGCAGCGUCAUCACUGAUAGCCUACCCACCAAAAACUAGAGCAGAACUGAUGCAGUGCUGUUUCCACAGAACAUACUGACACAGUUGCGCUGACAUUUUACUGUUCGGGGUUGAAAUGCUUCAUUUAUACUAUAAAUAGGCCUAUGGAGUGAGAAACAAUCCUUCUACAACGCUCGCAUUAUAAUCUACAUUUGUCGUUCGCAUACAGUGUAGUUUCAUUCAUUAUAUCGGCAGCGUUUUGUUUUGACGCGUCGCUCCCGUCCCGUGCAGCGUAGGUGGGGUGUUGUACAUUACACUGUAAAGGAGGAGUGAGAAGUAAAGGCAAUGACCGGAAAGAAUCGUCUAGUGGAAGGCAAACACAGGGCAAAAACACAUACACACAUACCCGGGGACGCUAGAGGCAGUCGCGUAACACAAGACGCAUUCAGACUCUGUACAUAUAAAGCACUGGUUGCGUUACAUAACGAGGAUGCUCCGCAAACUUUCAGUUUUUUUUUAUAGUCUCACAGCUAAAUGAUUCGCCUCGAACCGAAUGCGUCAAUAUAACGAGGUCAAGUCGUAGUGUAUAGAACGAAAUAGUAGCCAAAUAUAGGCAAUAUGAGUAUGGUCAAGCGCAAUGCAUAUGAAUUUUAUGAUGCGUCAGAGGAGAAUCGAGAUGAUGCUUACUGACGUGAUCUGGGUUGAUCUCUAAUAAUAAAAUACACAAAAUAAUACUAACAGUAACGUAAUUAAGAUAAGGAGUAGCCUAUGUUUGUGUGCAAAUGGGUUUAAAGCUCAUUUGAAAAACACAACAUUCGCACAUAACAGGCUAAAUAAAUUACACUAUAACACAGUGAACUUCACAGUAGGCUAAUAUUGUCAUUCUAUAUAGAUGUAUGAGCUAAAACGCAUUCGAUAGCUUAUCGAUGACUUUACAAAAUCAUAAGCAAACACUAUAAACUCUCUAAAUAACGAACAGACUGCCGAAAAACUUGCGCCCCAUAGUCAGUACUUACUGGUUGUUUUAACCACCCCAGUAGUUCCACAAAAGGAACCAAGAAUAUUGAAAUCAUAGACUAUUCACAGUCAUUUUAUUCCGUAUUUGAGUAAAAUAUAAAACUCAGAGCGGCUAUCCAACCAGCACGCUCAGUGGGUUGCGAUCCUCUGACAAUUCUCAGACACCUUGGAUGUUCUAGUGGGGGCGGAGCGGCGAAACAGAGUAGAAGGGGAUUGGUGCUCUCUGCUGUCAAUCAGAUACUUCCACCAAUGAGCCCAAUGAGCUGUUAAAAGGGGCGGGUUGGCAGGUACGCCUUCCCCCGAAGGUUGCACCGCCUAGUUCUGUGUGUGUGCGUAUUUUUUUCUUUCUAUUUUUUUGUAACCAAAGCUGGAUGUGUAGGACGUCACAUGUUGUUUUUCCUCUUCACUCCAGUCACUUAGCGAUAUGUGUUAUUUACUGUUAAACCGCUCCUCGCAGCGAACGCGCACUCCGCGCCGGGUACAGAAGAGAGUCUGAAAGGAUUAUAUCUGACUGACAGCACAAGUUGAGGAAAAGUGAGAGUUUUUCUUCAGAGCAUAUGAGAAUGGCGAGUCCGCCGCCGACAGAAGGACAGCUGAUUUCAAAUAUGACAAUGAAGAACAACAACCACGUUAAGAAGUGCGGAUAUCUGAGGAAACAGAAGCACGGACACAAGCGCUUUUUCGUGCUGAGGGAGCCGAGCGAGGGCUCUCGCGCCCGGCUGGAGUAUUACGAGAGCGAGAAGAAAUGGAAAAACAAGUCGACUGCUAAACGGGUUAUACAUUUGGACUCGUGCCUGAACAUCAACAAGAGAGCCGAUGCCAAACACAAACACCUGAUCGCCCUUUACACCAAGGACGAGUAUUUUGCCGUGGCUGCCGAAAACGAACAGGAACAGGAGGACUGGUACACCGUCUUAACGGAUUUAAUGAAUGAGGGGAAAGUGAGCGACGGCUCCGCUUCUAAUUCGGCGUCAUCUCUCGUCGGCUUUGAUGAGGCGAACUACGGCGUGAUAACGCCCGUCACCGCUACUUAUAAGGAGGUUUGGCAGGUCAAUUUGAAAUCUAAAGGACUCGGACAGAGCAGAAACUUAACGGGCGUUUACAGGCUGUGUUUAUCCAGCCGGACCAUCAGCUUCGUGAAACUCAACACGGAGGUGGCGUCGGUGAUUUUACAGCUGAUGAACAUCCGCCGAUGCGGACACUCAGACAGUUUUUUCUUCAUUGAGGUGGGCCGGUCCGCGUCGAUCGGACCCGGCGAGUUGUGGAUGCAGGCGGACGACUCGGUGGUGGCGCAAAACAUUCACGAGACCAUUUUAGAGGCGAUGAAAGCAAUGAAAGAGAUGUCAGAGUUCCGCCCGCGCAGCAAAAGCCAGUCCUCGGGUACCAACCCCAUAUCUGUGCCCACAAGGCGGCACUUUAACAACCUCCCGCCGAGUCAGACCGGGCUGCAACGGCGCUCGCGCACCGACAGCAUGGCAGCGACGUCUCCCGUGACAAAACUGACGUCCUGUAGGAUCCGCACUGCAAGCGAGGGUGACGGUACCAUAGGCAGCCCCAUCAGCCCAGGCGCGAACAGGACGCAUUUGAGCCGCUCUAACACAGUGACAGCUCGCCCAUGCAGAACAUUUGAGUCAUCAACCCUGCAGCAUAGUAAAUCCAUGUGCAUGCCUGUGUCUCACUCCCCUCCCUCAGCUGCCAGCCCUGUCAGCCUGUCCUGCAGCAGUAACAUAGAAAGUGGCCCUCGCUCCUCCAGUUGCACCGCCUCCAUUUCAGGCUCCCCCAGCGACGCUGGCUUCAUCUCCUGCGACGAGUGCGGCUCCAGCCCAGGUGACAUACGGCACCUUUUAGCAGCAAACCGAAGCAACACACCUGAGUCGCUAGCUGACACGCCCCCCUCACAGGAGGGCAGCAACCUGUAUGGAUACAUGAUCAUGGAAAGGCCGAACAGCUGUGGACGGCGAAGCAUCCAGGAGAGCGUAGGAGAUCUGGAGAAAGCCUACAGAAAGAGGACACACUCCCUCACCAUGCCUUACCAGAAGAGGGUGCCAUCACAAGUAUCCUCUGCUUCACUGGAUGAAUACACGCUCAUGAGAGCCACUUACACAACUGGAGGCCAUUCGGGGCGCAGCUCUCACACCGCAUCCCCAAAGAUCACGUACCCCGAGGAUUAUGGAGACAUUGAAAUCGGAUCGUUACUGAAAAGUUCCAGCGGCAAUCUGGGCGACGAUGGCUACAUGCCAAUGACACCAGGUGUGGCACCGCAAGGGGGGAAGACUGACAACUACAUGCCUAUGAGCCCAAUGUGCGUUUCGGCUCCAAAGCAGAUAAUCAACCCCAGGACGCACCCCCUCACUAUAGCUAAUGGUUACAGAACCAAUUCCCCCAGCAGUUGUUCUCUGGAUGACAGCGGCUACAUGAGGAUGCUCUGCGGCUCUAAAUUCUCCAUCGACAGCUCGGAUGGGAAACUGACUAAUGGUGAGUACCUCAACAUGUCCCCUGUUGAUUCAGUCACACCACCAGACUACUACCUUAGCCCUGAGUCUCCAUGUCUCAGACAGCUUCACGUGUUUAACUCUUUGCCCCACUGUCAUAAGCCCAAGCAGACGCUAAAGGAUGCAGACAAUGAUCAGUAUGUUGUCAUGAAUCCUCAGAGUCACAGGAUAAUAGAGGAGUCUGUAAAAACAGCCUCCCCCCCUGCCCCAUCUCCUUUAAGACAAAGCCGCACAGAUAGCCUCAUACUCCUGCACAGGAUAAGCCGGCCCACCCGCCUCUCCCUGGACACGCUCCGAAUGUUACCCAGUAUGAACGAGCAUCCCCUUCCCUCUGAGCCAAAAAGCCCUGGUGAGUACAUAAACAUAGACUUUGGACAUGUUGCUGAAAGUUGCACUCCACCCUCCGUUGCUUCCUCCGAGAGCCCAGCCUCAUCCCUUGGAUCGUCUGGCGAUCAGAGGACAUCCCCCCUCUCUGAUUACAUGAACAUAGAUGUGAGUUCUCAGUCACCCAAAUCUGAAAAUGCCGCUCCGUCUAAUGGUUUAGAGCCCCUGCCAGAGCUCACGUCCUGCCCCGCCCAUCCUGAAGAAGAGGAGGAAGGCAAGAGGUACCAUCUCACAGCACAGGUGGCACCAGUGGGCCCAGUUGAUAAAGCUAAAGACGAUUACACAGAGAUGACGUUUGGUGUGCCCGCUUCCCCUCCGCAGCCUGUCUCGCAGCCCUCAGAAGGUGGGCAGACCAUCAGCCCAUCCUCCUGCAUGCAGAGGCUGACUGUGGAUGAGACCGUGGGAGUGCCUGCCGUUGAGGCAGCAUUUCUACUGCGUGGUACCACUUUGGCCUUAGUAGAUCCCGACCGGGGUGCCAAAGUGAUUCGUGCCGACCCCCAGGGACGCAGGCGGCACAGUUCAGAGACAUUCUCCUCAACCACCACCGUAACACCAGUUUUUCCCUCCUUCGCGCACGACGCCAGGCGGCACGGUUCAGCCUCUGUGGAGAACGUGUCUGUUUCUGUGAGGAACAGCGAAGGAUCGGACGAAGAGUACAACAGUCCCAUGUGCAGGGAGACAUCGGCUGGCUUUCAGAAUGGACUUAACUACAUUGCCUUAAACUUGAUGGAUGGAGGACUUAGCAGCUGUGAUUCACUUGUCCGGUUCAAAGCUGCCAGCUGCUGUAAAGAGGGCAUCAAUGGAAUACAUGCCAGUCCGUAUGCCAGCCUUGGGUUCAAGGAGACGGCAACAACAGUGAAAGACUAAACAGAGCCAGUCUCCUCAUUAAGGCUCCUUCACCUCUUCUGAGUCUCAGUUGUUCACGUCGAGAGCAAGGGAUGAGAGGAGGAGAGGAGGAGCUCGUGUGGACAGAUGGACCACGUUGCUGCUGCUGCUGCUUCAGCCCUCCGCUGAUCUUUGACCUCCCAAAUGCAUUCGAAUGGCCGUCGUCACGGCAACACAGACACUUGACCCCAGUGCGAGGCAUGACGAUAACUCACAGACACAGAGGCGGGACUUCCUGUCCAUCUGUUACUCGCUACAAUCUCUUCCCUCUGGACGCUCAAUUUUUGUGUUACGGACCUUUUUCCACUGGUUUUGUUACGAGCUCUGGACUUCGAGUGGCCAGUGUCCCUCAACCCCCUAAAACCUGUGAACCAAACAUCUGAUCUGCACACGCACGCAUACACCUGUCGCACAAGUCACUUAUUUAUUUCCCCACGUGGCGGUGUGAGUGCGUGUGCGCUCACGGGUGGUUGCAACACUGCACAGAGGUGGCAUUUUAGAAAUUUACUCAACAAUUCGAAAUCAGUCACUUGAAAACCCUACCUCAGAACGAGCCAGGUUAUGACUUACAAAAAAAAUAUAUAUUGAGAAAUUAAUUUAUUUUUACAAGUGAAUGUUUUCGUAAAACACCAAUCCAAAGCCUUACUGACUGUACUGUCAAACAGUGUUUCCUGGAGGACCUGCAUACACUCACAAGAGUAUCAAAGAUCAUAACUGAAUGUCUUGUACUGCAGCGGAAGAAGGUCUUGCGCUGCAAUCAAAGAUCUAUUAAUGUUAUUUUGCAUUCUACACAGAUAUUUAAAGGAUUUUAAUAUAAUAAUAUUUAUCUGAGUGAGCUGGUAGAGGACCGGACGGGUGGCCGCCUGCCCGCAAUCCCGCACAUAUGCAAAGCAGGCUUCCAUAGAGUUAUUAGUUUGGAACGAAGCCACACGCGAUUAACACAUGAACCCUUACGGUACGCUAGAUGAAUGAUGUCGUGCGCCUCAGGUCUGAGAGAGGAGCACCUCUCCAAGCCUAGGCAUGCUAGCACAGUGUCUUUAAACCUUAACAACCCAGAAGCCUCUGCUGACUUGCCCUCUCUCACUGCUCUGAGUACACAGGCUUCCCUUUGCCUUACAUCCACCCCCCCUUUGAGAGAGUGAUAGAUUCAGGGACGUCUCAGAAGGCCUGACACCAAUAAUGCUGCUCCCUACUGUCGGACAGGGAUAGACUCGUCAGAACCAAUGCUUUGUCUUGCACUUACAAACUCCCUAGAUUGUAACACAAGACACUUUUGAAUGUAGAGUAUUCUGGAGAUCUCCGCAGGAGACGAAACGCACGGCCUAAACAUCCACAAACAGACUGAUAUACCGAGGCAGAGUUGUUCAGAUCGACACGAAAUAAAGUACAACACACACAACUUGACUUAAGUAUAUGAAAACGUUUGCCUAGAAAGCUGUACAUAAUGUAUAAAGUGAUUGCAACUGACAUUUUUAAGUUAAAGAUUAUAACUUAUUUGUUUUUGUAUAUAUAUACGGUACGUGUUUGAAUGAAUUUCCCCCCAGACAACUAAAGCACUAAUGAAGGUACAUGCCAAAGGCUGAACUUUGGGCCUGGCGCUUUUCUUUUCUAAUUCUUCAGUAUGUUUGUAAAAGUAUGUACACUGUACGAUAAAUGCCACUUCAACGAUAUUUGAUAAUGCUAUGAUAUAAAAGAAAGAAAGAAAAAAAAUAAUUCUUUGAAUAAUACUUGAUAUUACAAAAGUAGGUACAAAAUCACAAAUGGCAUAUGCAAUAUUUACAUUUUUUAAAAGAUUAGUUUACAGAAAGGAACCAAAUGUAUAAAUACUGUGUUAAUAUAUUUAAAACCAUAAGAAAGUUUUUUGCUGUACAAAUUUUUUUCUGCCAACUUUAAAUGGAAAAGUGUUUUUCUUCUUCUUCUUCUUCUUCUUUGCUAUUGAAUCCUAACAGUAAUUUCAGCAGCGUUCUUUUGCGAGUGCUGUUUCACAGUAUGGAAAUAUUGAAUAUUUUAAUGCCUAAGCGAGUUUUUUUUUUUUUCCUGUGUCUUCCAUUGUAUAUACUUCAUAUACUUUGCAUUGUGAUGCUACUUAGAAAUGAUAAUUUAAACUUGAUGUAAUUAGCAUUGCUUUAGAAACUGUAUUGAUUCUGAAUAGCCACAUGCAAUAAAAAAGUAACAUUAUUUAAGAA